AUGCGAAAAGUGAAAAAGAUCAUACGAAGACCGAAAACCCGCCCGAGUCUCCCUCAAGAGCUAGCAACAUCUAGCUCUGUCUUCUUCAGGAAACCCGGCAAUGAAUCCGUCGUAGGUUCUGGUACAUAUGGCAAAGUUUUCAAAGGUUUAAAUGUCUAUACCAAAGGCCUGGUCGCCCUCAAGCGCAUACGCAUGGAAGGAGAGCGAGAUGGUUUUCCUGUCACUGCCGUCCGCGAGAUCAAGCUACUACAAUCUCUUCGGCAUACAAACAUAGUCAACCUGCAGGAGGUCAUGGUUGAGAAGAACGAUUGUUUCAUGGUGUUUGAAUAUCUAUCCCAUGAUUUGACGGGCUUGCUGAAUCACCCAACUUUCAAGAUGGAACCCGCACAGAAGAAACAUAUGGCAAAACAAUUGUUUGAGGCGCUUGAUUACCUACACACGAGAGGGGUCCUUCAUCGCGACAUCAAAGCCGCGAAUAUUCUAGUGAGCAACGAAGGCGUGUUGAAACUUGCUGAUUUUGGCCUGGCUCGCUUCUACGCCAAGCACCACCAGCUUGACUACACCAACCGAGUCAUCACGAUAUGGUACCGAUCACCAGAGCUUUUGCUGGGAGAGACGAAAUAUACUGCCGCUGUGGAUGUUUGGAGUGCCGCCUGCGUCAUGGUUGAAAUCUUCACGCGGCACGCCAUCUUUGCAGGUGACGGGACAGAGCUCAGUCAAUUGGAUAAGAUCUACAACAUUCUUGGCACACCGAACCGGCAGGACUGGCCUGGCCUUGUGGAUAUGGCAUGGUUCGAACUUCUGAGACCAACCGCGAGGAGGAAGAAUGUAUUUGCAGAAAAGUACGGGGAGCGCGUCACGCCCGCCGCGUUCGACCUCCUCUCCGCCAUGUUUCGAUACGACCCAGCUGCUCGUCCAAACGCGGCCGAGGUCCUCCAGCAUCCCUACUUUACCACAGAAGAGCCGCUACCAAAGCAAGCGUUAGAGCUGAAGAGUAUCGAUGGAGACUGGCACGAGUUCGAGUCCAAAGCCCUGCGCAAAGAAAACGAGAGGCGGGAUCGCGAGGCUCGCAAGGCCAGUAAGGAUGCCGCCGCUGCUAGUCGUGCGAGGGAUAAGAAGCGAUCGCACGACAGCAUCGACCAAUCGAGAGACCCAAAGAGGAUACAUGUGGACGCAAUGACAGACGAUGCCGCCCCAGUGACGGCCGUAGAAAACGUCCCGGAGACGUCUAACCUUGAGGAGCACUAA